CGAACAAAAAGCGGAAACAAAAGAAAUCAUACAUUUCUUGAAACUAAUUUUGGUGAGCUGAACCGAGAAACAGUCAUACAACUGACAGCGUCCAGUGUUACACCAUUCAUCUAAAGCAGGAGGGCUGACAUGGCUUUGAAAAGAAUACAGAAGGUGAGUGUGUCCAUAAAUGUUUUUACGUCGUCAUGCUAUUAAGCGGUUGGUCGGUGUCCUGACACAAAAGUCCACGAUAGCAUAACGUUAGCUGCGUAUUUAGUUAGUUAGCUAGUUACUUUGGUAACAACGGUUUAACUUUUCAAUUACUCGUCACUGAAGAAAUACUACAUUUUCAUCGCGGCAAACAUGAUAAUAGAACUAACUGUUAAUUUUUUAACUUGUCAGGCUGGCAAAUUAAAGAUAGCUAUCGGUCUGUUUAGCUAGUAGCUAUCGGUCUGUAUGUUCUGUGCUACAACUAGCUAGCCUAGUUAACGUUAGCUACCAGCAUAAGCAUCAGUCAAUCAGUAACUAAUUAAUUAUCAAUCAGUAACUGGCUAAAUUAACUAGCUGUCGGUGUAACUUUAGUUAGCUAGAUACAUUGGCUAACUGGCCAGCUAUCAAGCUAGCUAUCGGUAGUUAUGUCGCUGUUCUGGUUAUUCCUGUCUAUGAUGAGCAAUGGAUGCGGGCCUGAAUAAAAACGCUUCUGGAACCGCGAUCAUCACGAGUGGCCUAUUGUAUAUCAGCUUGGUUGACUUUAAGUGUAUAUUUCAACAUAACAUAUCGGUAAUUCGCCUUAAAUAAUAUGGGAUUCAUGAAAUUUAGCAGUAAGUUAUUGAUAUGUGGAUCAAUUCCAAUCUACAGAAAUAAGCUAGCUAUAGCUAGGCCUCCUUGAAUCUGUAUAAAGUCAUAGACCACAAGACUGGCUUGUCAAAGUAACAUUGUUAAGUAGACAAUGCACAUGUAUGGAAUUUUCCCCCUAUACAGAAUUCAUUGUGCUACCAUGUUCUUUUUUGUUGUUGUCAGGAGUUACAUGACUUGCAAAGGGACCCUCCUGCUCAAUGCUCAGCCGGACCAGUUGGAGAGGACUGUAAGUUCCACUAAAGGCCACCUCAAAUAAACUCCAAUUAAUGCAGAAAUAAAAUUGGAUGAAUAUGGACUUGUAUGUGAUUCAAUUGAUAGGACAUGAAAGGGGAGUUUACCUCUCUUAUUUGCAUUUUAUUAUUGUCAAUAAUUAUAUGAUUUGUUCUAAUGUCUCUUUAUUUUACAGUGUUUCAUUGGCAAGCCACCAUCAUGGGACCUGUAAGCCCUUUUCUAAAUUAUCAUAAUUUUUCUAAAUCUUUAGUAUACAGUUGUGUCAAUAUUAUGUUGAUUGCUGAUAGAAGCUCUUUAUUCUGCAUUGAUCCCAUUGUUAUAAGCUCACCUUUUUGCACCACCAAAGGAACAAGCGUUAAUGUUCUCCUUGUCUUACUGUAUCGCCUUCUGAGUUACUUACAUGAUAUGCUUGGAUGUGUAUUGUCUCCAGUAAACCCCAACACAUUCUUAUUGCUGUAAACAAUGACAUGUAAAGGGAGGUUGACUGUGGGCUUUAACAUUAUAUGGAGUAUUGGAUGUUAUUUUAUGGUUCCCAGCACUGGUUUAACAAUUCACCUUUCAUCCCACUUUUAGACUGACAGCCCAUAUCAGGGAGGAGUGUUCUUCCUCACCAUCCACUUCCCCACAGACUAUCCCUUCAAACCACCAAAGGUUAGAAACACCUCACAGCUCCUUUUAUUACACAAUAUUUCCCUGGGUGUAGAGUACCCUCUACCACAUGUGUAGAUCUGACUUUGUUUUUUUCUCUGCAUGCAUUUUCUUUCCAUAGGUAGCCUUCACAACGAAAAUCUAUCACCCAAACAUAAACAGUAAUGGUAGCAUCUGUCUGGACAUUCUGAGGUCACAGUGGUCCCCAGCACUUACAGUUUCGAAAGGUAAGACAAACUGGCUUACAUUCAGUUUGUAAACCAACUUAUUUUUGUCUCUUUUGUACCCUAGUUGCACAAUAUAAAACAAUAAAAGCAAAAUGCAUCUCAAAUACUUUCCUAAUUUGUUCUUCAACUGUUGCGCUUGACAAUAUUGUGAUGGUGUAAUUGCAAAAUAAACUCAUCCUGGUUAUCUUCACCUUUGUUCUUCCAGUUUUAUUGUCCAUAUGUUCUUUGCUAUGUGACCCAAACCCAGAUGACCCCCUAGUCCCAGACAUAGCACACAUCUACAAGCAGGACAAAGAAAAGUAGGUUAACUCUCUCACACACAUCCCUCUUUUAGCAUGAAAAUAUGUGUAUAUACAUGACAUUUCUUGUUUACAGCUUCUAGUCAAUUAUAAAAUAACAUAUUCUGAAAGUAGACACUCCUACCAGGAUAUCUACUAUAUAAUGAAGGCUGCUGAAACCAGACUGGCUAAAUGUACGUUUUGGCUGUAGAUUGUGCAAGAAAUCUUUGUUAAACCUGGUUUUCAUUGUCUUUUGUUUUUACAGGUACAACAGAUUAGCAAGAGAUUGGACUCAAAAGUAUGCAAUGUAAAGGACUGAAGUUUGAGACGACAAAAGGCUUAAGCAAAUUCAUUUCCUGGACACCUCUGAAAACAAAGUACUGUUGCCACCACCCCUCAUCCACACUGGUUCAAGAAAGUGUUUUAUACGGGAAGCACUUUCUAUGCCCAAAUUAACUGUUUUUAUGCUUUGAACUCAUUAUUUUUUUCUUGUUUGACAUUCCCAAUGUUAUAUAAAUUAUUAUUCCGUUUUUGCUGAUGUGGCCCAUAAAGACAAAUUAAAUAUGAAUCCAGCCCCCCCCCCCCCCCCCCCCAUCAUAUAGGUAAUUGUUUCUUUCUUUUAGAUUUUUAUUGUAUAGUAUCAAGAUAUACUGAAUCUAUUUUUAUUAUUUUGCAUUAAAAAGUUAAACCAAUAUGGAUCUUG